AUGCCCCAGGCUUUCCUGCUAGGGUCCACCCAUGAGCCUGCAGGUGCACUGAUGGAGCUCCAGCCCAGCCUUGGAAGCGUGGCUGAGAGUUUCCUGGAGGAGGAGCUUCGGCUCAAUGCUGAGCUGAGUCAACUACAGUUUUCAGAGCCUGUAGGCAUCAUCUACAAUGCUGUGGAGUAUGCAUGGGAGCCACAUCGCAACUAUGUGACUUGCUACUGCCGGGGCCCCAAGGAAGCGCUCUUUCUGGGCAUGAACCCUGGACCUUUUGGCAUGGCCCAGCCUGGGGUACCCUGUGGGGAAGUGAGCAUGGACUGGGACUGGUUGGGCAUUGGGGGGAUUGUGCUGACCCCUCCCCAAGAGCACCCUAAGCCACCAGUGCUGGGACUGGAAUGCCCACGGUCAGAAGUGAAUGGUGCCCGAUUCUGGGGGUUUUUCAGGAACCUCUGUGGACAGUCUGACGUCUUCUUCCAUCACUGCUUUGUCCACAGUCUACGCCCUCUGCUUUUCCUGGCUCCCAAUGGGCGCAGCCUUACCCCUGCUGAGCUGCCUGCCAAGCAGCAAGAACAGCUUCUUGGGAUCUGUGAUGCAGGCCUCUGCCAGCAGGGACGAAGACAAGGCAUAGGACAUGAAAUUAAGAGUGAACUUCUUACGGGAGGCUGCAGCUGGAUCAGAGGAAAAAUCCGAUGUGGCAGAGUGAAAGUCAGCAGACCUGCAUUUUCAUCCCAGCUUUGA